AUGCCUUCAGCCGACUCCCAACCCCGAACCCUCUACGACAAGGUGUUUCAAGAGCAUGUCGUGAGCCAGGAAAGCGAUGGCACUGUCCUGUUGUACAUCGAUAGACAUCUCGUCCAUGAAGUCACAUCACCCCAGGCCUUUGAAGGGCUAAAAAACGCAAAGCGAGACGUCCGACGGAGAGACUGCACACUCGUCACCACAGAUCACAAUGUCCCCACGACGCCUAGGAAAAACUUCAAGAACGUGGCCGAGUUCGUCAAAGAGGAAGACUCCAGAUUACAAUGUGUCACCCUCGAGGAGAAUGUCAAGGACUUUGGCCUGACAUAUUUCGGUCUUGGAGACAAGAACCAGGGUAUCGUCCAUAUCAUCGGGCCUGAGCAAGGUUUCACUCUUCCAGGUACGACGGUGGUAUGUGGAGACAGUCAUACCUCGACACACGGCGCUUUUGGUGCUUUGGCCUUCGGUAUUGGCACCAGUGAGGUUGAGCACGUGCUGGCCACGCAAUGUCUGAUCACCAAGAGAAGCAAAAACAUGCGUGUACAGGUCGACGGCAAGUUAGCACCUGGCGUAAGCAGCAAAGACAUCAUUCUACAUGUGAUUGGUGUUAUCGGCACUGCAGGCGGUACCGGCGCAGUCAUUGAAUUCUGUGGCUCCGCAAUCCGUGGCCUCAGCAUGGAGGCACGCAUGUCGGUUUGCAAUAUGUCCAUCGAAGGCGGUGCCAGAGCCGGCAUGAUUGCACCUGAUCAGACCACAUUCGAAUAUCUCAAGGGUCGACCUCUUGCACCCAAGCCAGACAGUAACGAAUGGAACAAAGCGGUCAAUUACUGGUCAAGCUUACGAUCAGACGAGGGUGCCAAGUAUGACACCGAGGUCUUCAUUGAUGCCAAAGACAUCUCACCUACUGUCUCCUGGGGUACUUCGCCUCAAGACGUCGUUCCCAUUAGUGGCAAAGUCCCUGGUCCAGAUGACUUCGAGGAUCCCAAUAAGAAAGCGAGCUGCAAGCGAGCCCUGGAAUACAUGGGUCUGACAGCCGGUACCCCGAUGGAGGAUAUCGAGAUUGACAAAGUCUUCAUCGGCUCGUGUACAAACGCACGAAUCGAGGAUCUCCGUGCCGCCGCAAAGAUCGUGGACGGCAAGAAAGUCGCACCCAAUGUCAAGCGAGCAAUGGUCGUACCGGGCUCUGGCAACAUCAAGGAGCAAGCAGAACGGGAAGGCCUGGACAAGAUCUUCGUCGAUGCGGGCUUUGAGUGGCGUGAAGCUGGCUGCUCCAUGUGUCUAGGCAUGAACCCCGACAUUCUAUCCCCGCGAGAACGCUGUGCCAGUACAUCCAACCGCAACUUCGAGGGUCGACAAGGCGCUCUCGGUCGCACCCAUCUAAUGUCACCAGUCAUGGCCGCCGCCGCCGCAAUUGUGGGCAAGCUGGCGGACGUGAGAAAACUCUCAGACGAUACAACACCCGCCAAGGCAUCGCCCAAACUCGACGUCACGGCUGCUUUCCCCGACGUCGACUCUGAAGAAGAACUCGACCGCAUUCUCGACAUCCCCACAGAUAGCACAUCCACCGCAACCAACCACCUCAGCAGCACCGGAGGAAGCAGUUCCGCAAGCGGCUUCCCCAAAUUCACUGUUUUCAAAGGCAUCGCUGCACCGUUAGAAAAAGCCAACGUCGACACCGACGCCAUCAUCCCCAAACAAUUCCUCAAGACCAUCAAGCGCACCGGUCUCGGCACCGCCCUAUUCCACCCCCUCCGAUACAACGAAGACGGGAGCGAAGACUCGUCAUUCGUGCUGAACAAAGACCCCUACCGACAGAGCAAGAUACUGGUGGUGACAGGCCCCAACUUUGGCUGCGGCUCAUCACGCGAACACGCCCCUUGGGCACUCCUGGACUUCGGUAUCAAAUGCGUCAUUGCGCCGAGCUACGCAGAUAUCUUCUUCAACAACACAUUCAAGAACGGCAUGCUGCCACUCUGCAUCACAGACCAAAGCAAGCUGGAGAAAAUCGCCGCCGAGGCGCGCGCCGGCCGAGAAAUCGAAGUCGACCUGCCGAACCAAGUGGUGCGGGACGCCUCUGGCAACGAGCUCGCAACCUUCGAGGUCGAGGAGUUCCGGAAGCACUGUCUCGUCAAUGGGCUCGACGAUAUCGGCCUGACGAUGCAGCAGGAGGACAAGAUCGCGGCGUUCGAGAGGAAACGGACUCUCGAUACACCCUGGUUGGACGGCAGUGGGUAUUUGAAGAAGUGGGGUAAAGGCCCCAAUAAAGUCCAAGCGGUGCCGCUGCCCAAGACGAAUCGUGGUGAGAUCAAGUCUGACCCUAAUGAUUGGUGA